GGGUCUCGCACUGAGUGUGGUAAGAGCAGAGGCAGAGCCAAGGAUCGCAGCAGUGCAGCUGCUGUAGAGCCUGGUAGGAACUAAAUUAUUGCAGCUCUGAAUGCGCGAUCUCUAUUCUUCAUACAGUAUAUAUACAGUACGUUACAAUUGAUUACUUUAGUUGCUGUUUAUGUUGGUGCUUAAGCUCCAUCAACUUGUGUGAAGCAGCUGUGAGAUUUAGCGAUUUCUUUCAUCAUUUUUCAUGGUACUACAGAACUAUUUCUACGCCAAUGUUUUUGGACAGUAGAAUUUUGUCUCCUUUUCCCUAAUGGCUCCAAAUUCUGUCGAUCUUGUCGGAUUUAUGCCGGGGGUAUUUGACAGUGGACAACACCAAGUCAUUCUCUGGAUUCUGCUUGCCGUUGUCUGUGCCUUUUUGCUCCUGACCAUUCUUAUUUUUCUAUGCAAUAACUGUUACAGGCACCUGAACACUGCCGAACAGAGUGGGGACAAUGAGAACCUAAUGAGUGUGCCUUCAGAGAAAGAGACCAACAGCUAUUCAGUCACAAAUUUUGGAAAUGCGGUGCCAGCAAAUGGUCACACUGACAGCCUUGCCAAUGGAGACAUUCUUUCAGAUGAGAUUCCAAAUAUUCAGUCUUCUGAAAAUGCAGUGCUUCCAAUUGUAGUGUUCCAACAAGAAAAUUCCUGUAAAUCUUCAAAAUGUCCUCAGAGCAGAGAACUGCCACAAAUACCUGGGAAUGAUUCCAUACCAAACAUUGAAUCUACAACAGUGACUGGAAGCGGGAUCUCUCAUGGAGUGUAUGAACCGUAUGAGGUGCUAAAGGACAGUUCUUUGCAAGAUAUAAUUGUUGAAGACUCUCUCUAUGAAACUGUGAAGGAGCCAAAAGAUGAAUCUGGCAGUGUGGCAAAUGAAAUUUAUUCUCAAUCCGAAAAUGUAGAUUUGAAUAUUGUGGUACAGUGCCAAAAUCCCAAACUUACUGGUGCUACUCCAGAAUAUGCAACGGUAAGCAAGGUGAAAAUGAAUCAACAGAGCUCUCCAGCAGAAGAGAUGGUGGUUGGUGAAGAUGAUCCACCACCACUUCCAGUAAAGGAGUUGAGUGAUAAUGAGAACGUGGAUGGUAAAGAUGCAGAGAUUGCAGCCAUGUACUCCACUGUGAAUAAACCUGCAAAGCCGUGGUCCCAAGCAGAGGCAGAGCAGGAAGGUGGGUAUGCCAGCAUUGAUGAGGUGACUCCACAACGGCGCCCAUCUACAGCCAGUCAUCUGUAUGCAUCUGUAGCUGACUAUGAAAGAGAACCCAAGGCUGCAGGUCAAAAUCCAUCUGUAAAUGAUGUAGGGGAGGAGAAUGAUCCAGGAUAUGAGCCUAUCAGAGCUCCAAAAAAGGAAUCUAUAGACAAGGAGACUGAAUCUAACGAAAACGGAUCUCAGUGCAAAGAAGGAGAGCAUGACUAUGAAAGUAUCCGGGAAUUGGAACAGAAACAAAAAAAUGAACAAUCCUAAUGUUCAACUGCAGGUCAUUUAGCACAACUGAGAGACAUAUUCUAGCCAAUUACUUUAAAAUUUGCUUGGCAUCUCUCAUACUAGAUAUCUUAAGAACAGAGUUUAAGGAAGAAAUAUUUCCUGACUCCAAUGUACUUCUGCGCCAAUACAUUAAUGAAAAGUGCUUUUAUAUUUGUUUAAUUAGUUUUUGAGGAGGGGAAGAAUAAUUCCUAGGUGUCUAAACAGGAUAAGUCACUUGGUGAUUUUCUUUUAUAUGAACCUGUUUGAGGGAACACAGUAACAGAUCAAAGUGCAAAAACAAAUAGCUACAUUCAGCACAGCUGUGUUCUUUGCACAAUGCGGUUGGGUGAACUCUACUUACAUUUGGUAUAUUUUAUUUGGGAACAGAAAAAUAUGUAUUUUCAUAAAUUAAAGGAUUGAGUGAAUAGCAAAACAAAGCAUUCUUCUUUUGAGAGAGAUAGUAGGAUAGUUCUUCUUUUGAUGUAUGUUCAUUAGUAAAUAGCAACAUUGAAUAAAAACCAUUCAAAAAUGGUAAAUAACCAAAUAAGGAGAAAGUAAAAAUUUAGAUGAUUAUGUUCCAGAUAAAUUAGAAUGAAGUAUAUCAUUCAAGAGGGCUUACCACAAUGACUGUGUGUCAUUAAGAUUUUGUUGAGACCCACAGUUGGUUUCUCUAAUUGGUACCAGUAUCUUACUGUUACUCUGACGGAAAAACAAUUAUGAAGGAGUUUGCUGCCUUCCAUUAAAUGUAAACUUUAUUUUGACUCUCCAAAAUAAAUCAAGAAUGUGUAAUAUUGGAAAGUGAGCUACAAGACAAGAUGCCUUCAUUCAUCCACUAGCAAUGAAUCUUCUGAACUGCAUUUGCAGCUCAAAUAAUAGAAAAGGACUAACUCCCCAGGUCAGAUCAGGUCUAUUCAACACCGAACAUUUGCAAUGACUGGGAAGAAAACAAAAUUCUCUUUUAGAUCUCAAAUUCUGCACCAGAAACUUGUAUGCAUUCUAAUUUCAGGCUUUGCUGGUAAGCCUCAUAAGCAAAUAAACUAUUGGUUCACUUAUCUGAAGGAAAACCACUUUUGAAUGUUGAUAUAUAGAAAGCAUUUAAAAAUAAACUCUGUCUUCCUAUGUAUCAGCUUAAAUGUGCAGCUCCUCCAAAGGUCUCUCACCACUACCUCCUAAAGAUGGUAGUGAUACAGCUGUACUUUAAUCCCUUUGGAGCAACAUGGUCAGCCCAAAUUCGGGCUAUGACCUGUUAACACACAGGGAAGGCAGUCAGAAAUUUGCUUGAUCUGUUUUCGUUUUUCUCUGCCCAGGCUAAUGCUCUGGGGAUAUGGGUUCUAGAAUCCAUUAUAGCAGCUGACAGAAUUUAAAUUCAGUUUUAUGGUGCCAUGAAACUAUCAAUUGUCAUAAAAACCCACCUGAUUUACUCGUCCAUUCAUCUUUACCUGGUCUGGUCGGCAUGCAACUCCAGGCACACAUCAGUGUGGUUGACUCUAAACUGGCCUCUGAAAUCGUCUAGCAUGUUACUCCGUUCAAAUGUGAAUAUGGAUGGGCAACAAAUACGGUCUUUGCCAGUGAUGCCCAUAUCCUAUGAAGGAAUGAAGAAAAUAAAUUGUAAAAAGCUGAGGCUCACCUAUCAUCCUUGUGGGCAGACACUCUACUAGUUACAGCCAACUUGAAAAUUUAACUCUACCCUCUGAUUCUUGUCUAUUAACCAAUUCUCGAUUUAUGCAAAUGUACUACUUUACAAUUCAUUAACCCAUUUGUGCAUUAACAUUUUCUGUGGCACAUUAUCACAUACCUUUUGAAAAUUCAAUCUACUAUACCUUUCUCUAUCUACCCUAUUAGUUACAUCCUCAAAAAUUACUCAUAAGUUUGUGAAAACACUAUUUUCCUUACAAAAAAAAACCUCAUUGACUCUGUCUGAUCAUACAAUGAAUUUCUAAAUGUAUUGUUAAGAUUCCAUUAGACUCUAGCAUUUUCCUGACUGUCCUGAAGCAAUGUUGGGUUACUCAUACUGACAAAAUGGUAAAGUCUAGCUAGACACCAAAGUCAAUAUUCAUUCCAUUACUUUGUAAAAGUUGCAUAAUAAUGCAAUAAACUGCUUACUAUAGAUUGAGUUGGUGCUUACUGUGCACAAAUAGGCCCACAGGCAUGAACCUCAAUAUUAGGAUCAUAUAUAGGAUCUUAAGUCAUUUCAAUUUAAACAUUUUUGAAGUCUAUAUUCUAGUUAUCUUUUUUAAACUCACAAGGUGCAAUUAGCAUUGAAAGCACAUUUAGGUAUUCAUACCACUGGUGGUUCUUAAAAAGGUACAUUGGAGAAUUGUAGCUCAAAACUUGAAUGCUGUGACAAUACAUAAUGCACAAUUAGGAUCCACAAGUAGGCAUGAUAUGUUAAUCAUUUUAGCAGAGUCCUUUCUCUACCUGCUGACAUUGAAAAUAUAUCUUUCAAUUGCAGGAAUGUGUACAGCAGUGAAAGAUCUAUGGUAGGUUGUUUGGAAUCCGUGAAUGAUUUGUUAUAAAAUAUGUUAAAACAGGUAUUUGCUGGAGCAGAGAAGGUAGUGAAAUGAAAUUGAUCUAAUUGAUCCAACUCUGUUAACAGAACUUGAUGCAAAAUGUCUGUAGUUUCUAAGCCUAUUUACCAACUGCACUUGUUGUACAGCAGUAUUUGUGAACCUUUGUUAUUUAUGUUCAUAACAACAUAAGGUACUUAUUACAUGAAGUUCAAC